AUGUUUCCAAAUAUUAUUCAAUCAGAUCGGAGGAAUUCUAUAAUAGAAGACUAAAUGUUGCUUCAUAAUAAGAAUGUUCCUCAUACACCUGAAUUGUUUAGUCGAAGGAUUCAAAGGAGAUAAUCAUCAAGAAUAGGUUCACAAUCUUAGAUUUCAAGAAAUCACAGAUCAAAAUUAUCAAUAGAAGUUCAAAGUUCAUAAAGAAAAACAACUAAUACUAGUUUAAAGAAUAAAUAAAACAAUUUAUUUUAAGAAUAUUAGGACUUAUUCAUUUCUGAAUCGUCUGAAAGUGAUUCAUCUUAAGAUUUGACAUCAAAGAUUAGUAAAGUGUAAUAGAAAGGAGCUUCGAUAUAAAAUUAUGAUAAAGUGAUAGAUGAACAGAUGGAAUUUAUACACAAAACUUUGCAUUAAUAACUAUCUUCAAUCAGGUAUUGACCUGUAAUAUUUAGCAAAUAAAAAGCAACCUCCUAUUUAAAGAGCAGUUAAAGUAGUUAAAUGAAAUAGACAAUGAAAAGUAUGAAAAGUAUCAAAUAAAUGUCUUAGUAUUCUAAAAAAAGUAGUUUUUAGAGUAAAUAAAAUUAUUCAACGAAAUUCAAUAGAGAAAGAUCUAUAUCAACCUCAAAGAAUGUAAAUGUUGACAAUUAAGAGUUGAAAAGCUUAGUAAAAAUAUUAGAUUAAGCAGGAAUACCAGAAUAAGAAUAAAAUUAAUAUAAAUAAAUAAUUGAAGAACUUGAAAAACAAUGUGCAGAAGUAUUACCAACAGGAAGAAGAAAAAUUAAAUAAAAAGUGAGAAAGACAUUUGUGCAUUUAUUUAAUCAAUAUUAUAGAGAUGAUAAUUAAUUAAAAGGAGUAGAUGGAGAUUAAAUUAGUGUUUAUUCUGUUGCUUAAAAUGAAUCACUAUUUUUUGGAAAUAAAGGACAUGAACAAUAAAAUAUUACAUCAAAUAUUAAUAUGACAUCAAUAUUAGAUAAUGUAUUUACUAAAAAUUAGAGUCAUGGAUUUAUGACUGAUAGAAUGAAAUUUCUAAUGGACAAUUUUAAAUUAGAAUUAAGUGAUGAUGAUUCUAAUUAUAUUGCUUAAUCUGAAAAAUCAUCAGAAAUUGAAAUAGAUGAAGAUGAUGAUGGAGAAUAUGAAAAAUAAUUAACUUAAACAAUUAGAGAUCCAACUAAUUAAUAAGAUCAUUAAAUUCUUAAAUACGAAAGAAAAUUUAAACGAGAUCCAAUUUAUGAUCCAUAUCCUCUUAUAUGGUAAAGUAAAUAAGAUUAUUUUUGGAUAUUAUAAGAUUAUUAAUAUUAUUGGGAUAAUUAUCCUUUUGUUUAUUUUAGAAAAACUAUUGUCUUUAUCAUUAGAUUAAUUACAAAUACUGCUAAUAAAAUAAUCAAUCAUAGAAUUUUUACUAUUAUGGUCUUAAUGUCUAUAAUAUUUAAUAUAACAGUCUUUAUUGAAAGUUAAAGUGAUAAUUUAACAAUUGAUGUUCAAAAAUAAUUAAGCUAAUAAAAAUAAAGUAAUUUUAAUUCAUGAUAUAUAGUUAUAUUAUUUCUAUUCAUUGCAGAAAACAUAUUAAAAUUAAUUGGUUAAGGACUUAUUGAUUUCUUUUGGGAUCUAUAAAAUGUUUUUGAUAUUAUAAUUCUCAUUCUCUUUUCCUUCCAUUAUUAUUAUCCAACUUUGAUGAUCAUUGAUUUCUCAACUGCAAGAUUACUUAAGAUUUUAUCUGUCAUUAGUGUAUUUAGUAAAAGAUUAUAAAUUAUGUUACUUGCUUUAAAGCACUCCUUAAGAUUUUUACUUGAAGCACUCAUCAUUGUAAUUAUUUUUUCAUACUUUUUUGCUUUAUUUGGAAUGCAUUUAUUUUAAGGAUUGUUUCUAUAUAAAUGUUACUAUUCUGAAUUAGGAAUCUAAACUAAUGUAUUAUGUGGAUAUAAUCUAUAAUGUGAAGAUCAAUCAAUGAUAUGUUCUAAAUCUUUAACAAAUCCAAAUGUACCUACUAAUUUUGAUGAUAUUUUUUAUUCUUAUGAAGAAGUUGUGAGAUUAAUGAUUUUUAAUGAAUGGACUGAACCUAUCUAUUUGGCAAUGCUCACAUUUCAUGAUUUCUCAAUUGUUUAUUUCAUUUUUUUAAUUUUUAUAAUUGCUAUUUUUGGUGCUAAUCUAAUUAUAGCAGUUCUUAAAAUCUAUUAUUCAUAAACUUUGAUUAAGUAUCAACAUGAAGAUAUAGAAGAAUUAUCUGGAAUUAAUACAGAUAUUAUCUUAAAUUUUAGAAUUAUUAAAAAUUAUUUUAUUGAUUAUGAAUGGAAGAAUAAUCAAAAAAAGGAUUGGGCAAGAAAAAAACCUAAUGAAUAAGAUGAAUAAACAACUAUAGCAAAAACUAUUAUUUAAAAUAAUAAUUUAAAAACUAUUAAUUACAAACAUAAAUACUUAUCUGCUAGAUAAACUAAAGAAUAGGAAGAAAUCAAAAAUAGAAAAAGAGGUAUUAAAUCAAAUAUUAGUAAACUCGAAAACUUUAUCGAUAGUUUUAAAAUUGAAAAGUUGUUAUUAUUUGAAUAAUAUAAGGAACAAUUCAUGUAAAAGAUUUAUUAAAAUUAUGCUUUUGAUAAAGAAUAUUUGAAAUUGUUUUAUAUCUAAACUUUAAAAAAAGUUCCUCUUUAUUCAUGGAGAACUGUUAUUAAUAAGUAUUUCUAAUAUAUCAGCACUUCUGAAUCAGAUAUUUUUAGUUUUUAAAUUAAGAAUGAGUAACAAUAGCUAAAAAGAGAAAGAGAAUUUGAAUUUAUAAGAAAAUCUGUUUUAAGUCACUGUUUUCGAAUAAAAAAAUCAGAUUAUUCUUUUGCAAAGUUAGAUUUAAAGAAUUAAAAUUGUAUUCAAGGUUCUCGUUUACCAAUAAAAUAAAAAUAAUUAAUUAUUGAAAAGAGUAAUAAUACAAGUGAAAAAGCAUAAUAAAUAAUAAAUAAUAAUAGUAAUGAGGCUUAAGCUAUAAAUAUUAUUGGAAAUAAUUAAACAAGUAAAAGAACAUCGAGAUUAGGAAAUAAGACAUAUGAUUCAGAAUAUAUUUAAUAAAUUAUCAAUAGAUAAAUACCUGAAUGUUUGGAAAAUAUAUAAGACUUUGAAGAAUUAUUUGUAAAGUAUAGAUUAGAAGAAUGUAAAUAAGGAGUUGUUUAUAAAAAUAAUUGGUCUGGAAAUAAUGUAUUAGUUAAUAAAUAUAAAAUAAAAUCAACAAUCUAAAUAUUCAAUUAGUUAAAUAAUAUUGAUAUUUAUCAAUGGAAAAUGCCAAAUUUAUCUUGUUUUUGGUUUUUAAUUUAGAAAAAUAUAAAUAUUCUGUUAAGAAAUAGAAAUGCUUAGAUAUUUUUUGAUUUAAUAGUUUUGACAAAUAUUAUAUUAUUAAGUAUGAUAGGAUAUGUUGAUGAAAAUAUAAUAAGGUAAUUAAAUGAUUAUUUUGUGUUUAUACUUCUUGGUGAAUUAUUUUUAAAGCUAAUAUUUUAGGGUAUAGGUAGAUUUUGUUCAAGAGCUAGCAAUUUAAUAGAUACCUUUAUUUUAACUUGUUCUAUUAUUUAAUCUUUAUAUGUGAAUUAAAAUUUUGGGAAAGAAAAUAUAUAUCUAGAUUUAUUGAAUUCUGGUUAAGCUCUUUUAAUAUAUAGAAUAAUAAAAUAUAAUGAUUUUGCAUUGAAGAUAGCAAAGAUUACAAAAAAAUCAUUACCUUCUUUUUUAAAUUUAAUUUUAUUGAUGAUAACUUUAAUAUUUUGUUUUGCUUUUAUUGGGAUGAAUUUAUAUAAAGGUAAAUUUCCAAUAGAUACAGACUUUGGUUUAUAAUAAUCAUUUGAUGAUCUUGCAGCUGCCUUUUUAACAGUUUUUGUUAGAGCUGCAAAUGAAGAUUGGUUUGGGAUGGUUAUUUUAGGAUCAUAAUAUAGUAGUAAAAUUGGAACAAUGUUUUUUAGUGUUAUAUCUGUAUAUGUUUUAAAUUUAAUGACAAUAGGAUUUAUAUUAGCAAUAGUUUUAGAUUCAUUUUCAUCUUAUGAAAAUGAUGAAGAUGUCUCUGAAGUGGAAUUAGCUGAUUCAUAAUUCUCUUUUUUAUAAGGUAAUGAAAAUAUAAAUGAUUUAACUUUAAGUAGUGAUAAAUUAUCAACUUUACCUAGUGAAAUUAGUGAAAAGAAUUCAAAUUUAAAUAAUUCUUCUUUUUAAGAUAAAAAAUAAGAAAUAGAAAAAUAAUCUAUCAAGAAAAAUAACUUUUUUAAUUUAGUUGCUAGAAUUAAUUUACUGUUAGAAUAAUUAUUUGCUAAAUUUUAAUUCUUUACUAAUAAUGAGAGUUAAAAUUCUUUGUUUAUAUUUAGCUAAUAAAACUAUUUUAGAAAAUUAUGUUAUCGUUGUAUCAAUUAUUAAUUAUACAUCAAAUUAAUUUAAAUAACAUUUUUUGUUGCACUUAUAAAUAUGUGUAUAUAUACUUAUUUUGAUUAUGAAAAUAAAAUAGAAUAAGAUAAAAUUUAAUAAAUUUCAAAUUAUGUAGAAUUGACAAUAAAUUCUUUAUUAUUAAUAGACUCUACAUUAAAAAUAAUUUCAUUAGGUUUUAUGAGAGAUAAAGGAGCAUUUACAAGUGAAUUUUGGAGAGUAAUUGAUUUUGUUUAUUAGUUAUGUUACAUUUCUAAUUUCAUAAUUGAAUACGAAGCAUUUAAAUAUUUGAAAGCAUUAAAAUAUACUAGACCUUUUCGUUUUUUAUAUUUAUUUGAAUAACUUAAAUAUAUAAAUAGUGCCAUAUCUAAAUCUCUUGUUGAUUUAAUGAAUAUUUUAUUUGUAUAAAUAAUGGUAUGGCUCAUUUUUGCAAUUUUUGGUGUAAUGUUAUAUAAAGAUAAGAUGAGUUAUUGCUAACAUCCUUUAAAUUUUGGAAUCAAUAAAUAGAAAUGUUUAGAAUAAGGUGAAGAAUGGAUAAAUAAUUUAUAUAAUUUUGAUAAUAUGGGAAAUGCAAUGUUAGCUUUAUACAGAAUGACAGCUUGUGAUGAUUGGGUAUAUAUUAUGUAGAUUUGUUUGAAUUCAAGAGGAGAAGAUAAAGGACCAAUUUUAUAUGAUAAUAGAUGGGUAACUUUAAUCUAUUUUAUGCUAUUUAUUUUAGUUGGAGUACUUUUCUUUCUAGGAUUUUUCGCAGGAAUUUUAUUUAUUAAUUUUUAGACUUAUAAAACAAAAUUGUAAAAAUAGAUUUUAACCAAUGAUCAAUAAUUGUUUGCAAAUAUUACUAAAAUUAUAUAAAAAGAAGUUCCUAAUUAUUCUGAUCCUCCAAAAUCAUUUAUCAGAAGACUAGCAUCAAAUAUUAUUAAAUAAACAUUCUAUGAGAGAAUGAUUUUAUUAUCAAUAUUUAUCAAUACUGGUAUUUAAAUAUUAUAUUUCUAUUUAGGAAUUUUAACUUUCUUUUAUGAUGAGGCUUCCUUAGAUUUGUUACAAACUUUAGAAUAUAUUUAUCAUACCCUAAGUUGCUUUCUUAUAAUAGACACAUGUUUUAAAAUAUUAGCAUUUGGUAUUAGAAGAUAUUGGGGAUAUAUAUGGAGAGAAAUUGAAUUUAUAUUGAGUUUGAUUGCUUUAAUUGAUUUCAUUUUGUUUUUAUCAAUCAAUUGGAGUCAAUAUUACUUUAAAUCAACAAUAAAUGAUAAAUACUUUUUAAUUCUUAGAUUAGCAUUUGCAUGUAGAAAUCUAAGAACUUUAUUAAUUAUUUAACAAUUUAAAGGAUUAACUAGAUUAUUAAGAAUUCUGAAUUUUUCAGCAUCUUUUCUAUUAUAAAUUUUAUGCUUUUUUUUUUCAAUUCUUUUAUUUUAUGGAUUUAUUGGAUGUGAAUAUUUUGGUAUGAUUGAAAAAGGAACAUAUGUUACAGAUUAUAUGAAUUUCACAAAUAUUGGUAAAGCUUUAUUGAUUUUAUUUAAAAUUUGUACUAAAAACAAUUGGAUUAGAAUAAUGAUAGAUGUAUCUGAACAUAAUGAAUUUUGUACACCUGAAACACCUAAUUUUUGUGGAGUUAAAUGGAUAUAUGCAAAUAUAUUCUUUUAUACAUUUGUACUUAUAUCUAAUUUUGUUGCAUUUAAUUUAUUCAUAACAGCAUUAGUUGAUUAAUUCGAAAGUAAAAUAUAUUAAUUAAUAUAAAUAGAAUUCUUUAAUUCUUAAAAUAGUGUAUUAUAAACAUACAUAGAGAAUAUUGAUCCAUUUAGAACUACUUGGUGUAAAUAUUCAACAGAAACUAAAGGUGCUUAAAUGCAUUCUAAACAUCUAGCUCAUUUUCUAUUAGAAUUAGGUCCUCCUUUAGGAUCUGCUAAUGAUGAUAAUAUUUGGGAUGCUGCUAAAAGUGCUUCAAAUUUUAAAAUCAAGGCUGAUUAAAAUGGUUAUAUUCAUUUCUAAGAAGUUUUAUAUGAAACUAUUAGAUUUGCUUAUAGAGAUUAGAUUUUUAAAAGUGGACAUACAGAAGGUAUUAAAGUAAUCAAAUAAAUUGAUAAAGAUACUAGAUUUAGAUUACAUUUCAAAAGACUUGUAAUUCUUUUUAAUUAUUUAGGAUAUUUUGGAUAGAAGAUAUCCUAUUUAUGAAAUGAUGCAUAUAAAAGGCAAUUUCAACAUUUUAUAAGAAUAUUUAUUUUUAUUAAUGAUAUUUAGAACAUUUAGAGCUUAUUCAGUAAAAACUAUAGGUAAAAUUUAAGAAGCAAUCUUAUCAUCACGUGAUAAUAUAAUUAAUCAUCCAAAAGAAAUGGUUUAAGAAAGUUCAUAAAGUGAUAUUGAUGAGGAUUCAUUAAAUAAAGAUAAUAAACUUAUUGAAUCAUAACAUUAAAUUUCAUUAAAUAGUGAAGAAAUAGAAACAUUCUAAGUCUAAAUUACAAAAUAUAUAGAAACUCAUAAAGCUAAUAAGAAAUUAAAAUUUUUGGAUUAAAACAAUGAUGUCCAUUAAGAAAGUUAAUUACUUUUUAUACCAGAUUCACAUAAGAAUGAUUAUAUUGGAAUUUCACCAAAUAAACAUAAAGCAACUAUUAAAAAAAAAUAAGAAUAUAAUUUUGUUGAUUUUGAAUCUAUAGAAUAAAAACAAUUACAUAAUCCAAUGUUAGAUUCAUCUCAUUUAAAUGAAAUUAGUAAAGGGGCAAUGACAGAUUCACUCAUAAAUGACGAGUACAAAAUAAAUUAAAUUAAUUAUUCUAUUCAGUCUCCACAUAGAGAUAGAUUUAGCAAUCAUUCAUUAAAUGAAAGUGUAGGUACUGAAAAUCACCAUUUCUUUUAUGGAAAACCAAAGAUGAAACACAAUUAUAAAUUUGCUAAUUGA